UACAAAUUUACGAAAGCAAACAAUACACCACAUAAUGGGUUAAUCAAACAUAUUUAUUGACGAUUAAUAUUGUUUACACCCUUUGUUACAAUGGCCGUCAUGGAUAUCAAUGUAACCCCCCCGACAAAGGCCGAAACUUUCGUUCCUGAGCGUCCAAGAAAGAAGAUAAAGACUUCUGAACUCCCACUCUCCUCAUCCACGAGAAGUGCUAUUGAGUCACUUUCACAUACUUUCAAGAAGAAGGGGAACUAUGAUGCACUUAGAAAGCAAGUCUGGGAGACUCUCCAAACGAGCGACUUUGAAACAAAGUUAAUCGACUCGAUUACAAAGGUCGCGGAGAAUGAGUUGGAGGUGAACCAGAGUCUUCUGUCAAGCAGUCGUGGCAAAGCAGCUAUUCUGAUAGAGGGUGUCAUUGACCGCAGUGGGAUAUACCAGGAGGCUGAGGCGCAUAUCAAGAGACUACUUGAAGAUCAUGUGGGAACGAUUGAAGAGGGGAUACGGGCAAUUCGACGUAACGAUGUUGGUGAAGAAGCCGCAGCAGAAGAGGAAGCAAGAGGCAGUAAGACGGACGAUCAUUACGCCGAAGAGGCUGCCACCCGCCGACAAGAACGCGAAAAACUCAGAGAGGAGCUACGAGAAAAGGAGCGGGCCAUCGCAGAAGAAAGGAGGAAACUCGAAAAGGCGCGAAAGAGAGAAGAGGAGCGAAAGAGAGAGGCCGAAGAAGACAAGCGACGAGAGGAGCGCGAGACAAGGCGCAAACUUGAGCGUGAAUCAGACCGAGAACGGGAGCGCCUCAGAGGCGUUGGUGAUUAUAGUCGCGACAGAUCUCGUGACGGAGGGCGCAGGAAACGGAUGGAUGAUUCAAGAGAUGAGCGCAAGCCUACCGCAAAGGCUAAUCUGUCACGCGAAGAAGUCGACCGGCUCGAGCAGGAAGCACUUGCCAUGCUUAUGAAGGAGGGGAAACGAACAUCGCAGCGAUCCAGACAUCAACUGGAGCCUGAAGUGGAUGAAACCUUGGCUCCUCCCCCAAGGAAGGCCAUGCCCGCUUCUGCAAUCAAACCAAUAUCCCGCGAUGCACAAACCAAGAAAGAGGCUAGUACGAAACCAAGUCAAAGUUCUGGCGGCGCUACCAAAAGUUCAUCGCAUGCCGCGGAUGAGGUGGACGUAGAUGGCAAGAAAAGAGCACGGGCAAGAAGUCGAAGCAGAGACCCUAUCCACUCUCGUCGCGAUAGUCGAGACAGAGGUGGCUAUUCUCGACGCAGCAGCAGAGAUCGUGAUGAUCACCGAAAUAGGAGCAGAGACAGGGCUGAUGCUAGAGAUAAGGAUAGAUCUUCAAGGCGGGAUAGCAGAGACCGUGAUGAUCGACGUCGACGCGACAGUCGAGACACUGAGGACCGACGAAGGCGUGACAGCAGGGAACGGAGCUCUAGAGACCAUAGGGACCGAGAUUCGCGCCGUGAUCGAGAUAUAUCCCGCGAUCCCCGUGAUGAUCGAAGAAGCUAUAGGGACCGAGACUUGGGCAGGGAUAGUCGCUAUCGUAGCCGAACGCCACCACGACGUGAAUUUAAGACCGCAGAAGAGAAGAAGCAAGAAGCAGUUAAGCAGCGUGAGCUCGAGGCCAAAGCCUACCUGGCGGCCCAGCAAGAAGCCAGAGAAAAAGGCCUCCCGAUCCCUGGACUCGACAAGCCCAAGUCGGAUGCGUUCACACGGCCAAAUUGGCGUAGUCGUGACGAGCUCCCAGAUACUCGCAAGCGAGAUGCCGACUCCGCGGGCUUAGGCUCUUCGAGCCUCCCAAGAAAGAGGGAGUCGAGCGCCAGAAGCCCGUCGCGGGCAUCAAGCGUCAGGCGUGACAGAAGCCCCGCUGUCGUCUCGAGCCGAAGUCCGGUCAUAAAGCGCGAAGCAAGCACCCUCCGCGAUGCUGAUCGUGAUAAGGAUAGAGACUCGCGCCGACAUCGCAAUUCUAGCCGCCGGCGGUCUAGGUCACGGAGCCGUAGCCGCACUCACCGCAGGGAGAGAAGUCGAGAUACGGGCCGCGAUAAGGACAGAGCUCGGAGUCGAAGCAGAAGCCGGAGCCGCCACAGGAGGAAGGAAGUCAGAAGGGAUCGAAGCCGGAGCCGCGACCGUGAUUCUACGAGGAGAUACAGGAGUCGGAGCCGAAGCAGGGAUCGGGAUAGGGAUGACAGGAGGUCGUCUCGCAGAUACUAAGGGGAGAUGUAACAUUGAUUGAAUCACGGCUGAUGAAUUACGAAUAGUGCCAGUGUUUGUAUUAAAUACUUGAAGGCUGUCAUUGUAAGACUAGAACCUAAUGCUAAUAACAAG